AUGAUUUUAUCCUUCACAGAUAAACUUUGUAUAAAUCGAGAUAAGGACUGUCAACAUGGCUGUGAGACACUUAACAAUAGCAGGAAUCUGUCUGAUAUUUAUCAUUCAUUAUGUAUAUACUGCAAGCGUAGUGACUACAACCCCAGCUGCCACCCAUCAUACAACCACCAAACGUCAUCAUCAUCAUGGCCACCAUCCGACUCAUAGUUCAGAAAAGAUAGAAAAUGACCACAUAACUUUCCAUUACGACGGCUAUUCCAUUGAGAAACUAUUGGUGGCAAAGCAAAAUACUGUUUGUUAUGCGUAUCCACUGUCCUCGGUGGAAAUACAAAAUAUUCAUAAAACAGCGACAAUUUUCGGAUUGGAGGCUCAUGUCCUCCAUCAGAUACAAGUAGAUGCUUACUAUAACUGGACCCACGACGACAUUUCAGUCAGAAGUACUUAUUACACGAAAUUCUGUCCACAUGAUGGCCACGUCUACAGAGUACAUCGUCUGUGAAAUGACUGGAAAAAAGAAUUCACCAGUGUUCCAAAACGUUUCAUUCAGAAAUAUAUAACUUGAAAGAACA